AUGGAAAGCCCUGACAUUUUAACGCUGAAAAUCAUUGUGAUUGGCGAGCCUGAUGCUGGUAAAAUCAAUGUUAUACGUCGUUAUUGUCAUGGUGUAUUUGAACCGACGUACAGAGCAACCAUUGGCGUCGACUUUGCUGUUAAGUUUGUCACGAUAGGUGGUAAAGAACUUCAACUUCGAAUGUGGGAUGUAGCCGGCCAAGAGAAGUAUAUUGGAAUGACACGAGUAUAUUACAAAGAUGCACAAGGUGCAGUUAUUCUUUAUAACACAACUUCUGAAUAUUCACUAGAAGCAACAAAUAAAUGGAAAGAGGACCUCGAUACAAAAGUUUCGUUGAACGGUGAGCCAAUUCCUGCAAUAUUAGUUGGUAAUAAUUCGGAAUUGCUUACCAAUGAACAAAGGUCUCAAGCUGAAAACAGUUUGAAACAAAAGGUGUUACAACAAAGAUACACAACAGGAGCACUCAUUUCAUCAAAAGGAGACCCCAAGUUUAAUGAUGUCAUGGAAAAACUUGUGCGUUCAAUUUUGAUAAAAAUAAACGUAGAGGAUUUGGAGGAAGACUUGGUCGUGUUAGAUGAGGAACAACUUGGGUAUCAAAAUAACAAUAAUUCGGUUUAA